AUGGUCUCGGCCGGCGGCGAUUACGAAGUCGGCCCCAGGGUGCUGCACAUUUUGCACUUUAACGACGUGUACAAUGUGGAAGAGAAGCCGGACGAGCCGAGGGCGGGCGCCGCUCGCUUCGUCACGGCCCUGCGUGAGCAUGGGGGGUGUGCCGAGGGGCUGGUCCUCUUCUCGGGCGACGCUCUCAAUCCGUCCACCGUGAGCGCAGCCACCCAAGGCAGACACAUGCCGGACAUCCUCAACCAGAUGAACAUCACUUGCGCUGUAGUGGGCAACCACGAUUUCGACUUCGGCCUGGAGGUGCUGGAGGAGUGCAUGGCGAAGACCAACUUUGCCUGGCUCAACUCCAACGCCUUCGACAUCGAGACGGGACGCCGACUGGGCGACACUCUCGCCUACAAAGUGGUCGACCAUUCGGCCUCGCGCCUCCGCAUCGGCCUGAUCGGCCUGGUCGAGGAGGAGUGGAUCUCGACUCUCUCCUGCCUCGAGCCCAGCGCCGUCCACGUCGUCCCCUUCUGCCAGAUGGCGCGCGAUCUGGCCCGUCAACUCAAACGGCCCCUCGACGAGGGCGGUCUCGAGACGCCCAAAUGUGAUCUCGUCAUCGCUCUGACGCACAUGCGAUGGCCCAACGACCGUCUGCUGGCGCAGAACGUGCCCGAGAUCGACCUGGUCCUGGGCGGCCAUGACCAUGACUACGGGAUAGAACGCAUCUCGAUCGGGCCAGAGGCGCUGGCGGCAUCGCCGGAAGCCGCCGGCAUAAACACUCCUCACGAGCGGGUCAUCCUAAAGAGUGGAACUGACUUUCGCCAGUUCUCUCAUCUGAGGCUGUACUUCGACCCCCAGAAGCGGCUACAGCAGAUACACGUGGAGGAGGUCACUGUUGACAGUCGUUGGACACCGGAUCCCAAGGUAGGUUCGUGCAUGGCACCACUCGCACGACGCAUGCGAGCACAACUUCAACUGCUCUCGCAAACUUUUCGCAAAGGCAUUGAUGACUCCCCUCCGGGUCUGGCGUUCUGGAUCGCUCGAGGGAAUGUCUUUGGCCAACAGAGCUCGAAAAGUGGUCAAGGCCAGAUUCAUAGAACUGGUUUGAGCACUAAGCUUCCACUUCCCAGAUAUUGCUGCUGUAGCUGGGCUUUGACUUUUAGCAGUGUUCUUUUUAUGGCCCUUGAUACAUUUGUUCCUUACUUCUUUCAGACUGCUGAAUUGGUUGCCAUAUGUUCUGCAAAGAUGAUGGCUGAGAUGGACUCUGUGAUUGGCCAGAUCGACGUUGAUCUGGAUUCGAGGUUCUGGGCGGUACGCACGAGAGAGACAAACAUUGGCAAUUUGAUCUGCGACAUCAUCCUCGCUGGCGUAGAGGCGGACUGUGCUUUGCUCAACUCGGGCACUUUUCGAGCCGAUAAAGUGAUACCAGCUGGUCCAUUUCGGCUGCGUGAUCUUAACGCCUUGCUCCCAAUGUUCGACCCCAUCGUGGUGCUUCGGAUGACCGGGGCUCAAUUGCUCAAUGCGCUAGAGAACUCCGUCUCCGAGUACCCAAAACUGGAAGGCCAGUAA